ACGAACCAAUCAUAGCGAAAGAACCAACAGAAAACUCCUCCAUUCUUUUCAUUCUUUCACUAUGAUUGGUUGCGCGUUAUGCUGUAGAUUUCCGCGCCAUGGGACGCCAGUCUAGCGGACAUGUAAUACGUGACGCUCAACCGCAACAUGCUCUGCUCAUUGUACAUCACGCUUUGCAAAUCUCCCGGCUUACAGCGCGCUCGUGUAAAAAAAUGUCCGAAGACAGAGCAACAGAAGACAUGUGGACACCAUAUAAGGAACUGCAGAAUCUUGUGGAAAAAUAUAUAAUAUCAGUUCCUGAUGUUCAAGAUCCACAGUAUCAUGAAUUUACAGAGGCUUUGCGAAAUCACAGACAGAAUUUUCUUACUAUAUUAAAAAAUCCGCCAAAGAAUAUGAAAAGUCGUGAGGAAAUUAAGAAAGGAGUCACAGAUGGUAUUACACUGCCUGGUUUGGGUCAUCAAAUAUUAUCAAAAGAGUUGGUGGAUGAAACUCUUAUCAUAUCGGAUAUGUAUGAUUUGAAUGAAUUCAUGGCAUUAGAUCUUCUCUGUACGGCUCAACUUCAGAUGUCACAUCAUCCUGGAUUAAAGCGUGGUUUAACAGCUGUUCUUUUAUAUUACGAUGGAAGAAAAGCAUUGACAUCAGUAUUAAGGACUUUGGUACACAGUCGAAUUGGUCACAGUUGGGCAGUGGAUGCGCCAGUCGCUCUCACAAGAUAUAUUACAGAUUACACAAAUAAAUUGCAAGAGGAUGGUCUACUGAAUAGGAUUUUAUCUUUGUUAGAAGAAAUGGAUCCUAUUAAGGAACAAGAUUUGCUGCAGCAAAAUAGAGCAUUAGGAGGAGCAAAACAUCAUCAGAUGGUUAUGAAACUUUACAAUGACACACGGCAAGAUUUAGCUGAUAUUUUAUACUUAUGGUCUGCUCAAUCAUCUCUACCAAAUAUAAUUCUGUUUCGUUUAUUAUCUAUAUUGCAAACUCGGCAAGUAGAAUCUGAAGCAGGUGAAGGAGGACCUGACAAAGUUACACUUGCACUCAUUAUGGCCGUUUUAAAUGCCUUUAAUUUUAGUUUCUUACAUAGCCGUGAAAAUGGCGAAGAAUUAAUUAAUUCAAUGCCGUUAAUAGCAGAGAGAGAAGCAUUGGAAGAGCUAAGUCAAAAAUUAAUAUCUACUAACAUAAAUUGGGAAAGCGCUGGAUUGCGAGGAGUAAUACAAUUUGCUUUGGCGAUAGCUCUGAUUACCAUCAAAACAACCACUACUCAAUUUCAAUCUCAGAACAUUACCACGGAAGAUGAGAUACUUAUAGAAGCUGCUCUGGCUAACAAAGCUUUUCAUUUUAUGGCCGAUGUUUUAUUCAAAAGUAAUUGUAUCCAUCAAGAGGAAUUUUAUAUUCGCUAUUUUCACACGUUGAUUUCUGAUUUUAUAUUAUUGAUGCCCGUUAAAAUCAAAGAAUUACGCAGUCGUGCUGAUGAAUCCAUGCGCUUAAUUCAAGCAUUCCAGCAGGAAGGAAUUGAACCUCCAAUGAAUUUAGAUAAUCAUUUUGAAUAUUUAAUGUUGAUGGUAGCUGAACUGUAUAAGGAAGAUCAAUUGAAAUUAAAUUUAGCUAUGGAUUAUUGGUGUUAUCAUACCGAUACGACUCAUGUAUCAGCACCUGCGUAUACAAGUCGCUUGCCUUCUAGGCAAGUUGCUUUAUUUAAAUUUAUACGACUUGCUGGAGAAAUAUUACCGGCGGGUUUAUUUGUUUCGUAUAUGAAAAUGAUAGCAUCCCUCGCCUCAUCGCCGCAAUCUGCAAGAUAUGCAUUCAAUUUUUUUAAACCUAACGGAUCAUCUGGUUCAGCAACUAUUUCAUGGGAUCAUUUCUUCAAUUCUUUAAAUCGAUACUAUUAUAAUUUAAGACAGGAAUUACCUCCUAGUCAGGAUACAGUAUACAGGCAAAGAUGUCACCCAAAGGGAAUUAUGCCUCAGGAAGUUAAAGGCCUCGAGGCAGUAUUGUUAGUUGUUCAAGUAAUAGCCAAAAAUGAUGAAAUGUCAAGAGUUGCGAUAUGCGAUCAUCCAAGUUGGAAAGUCUUGCAGUCUUUGAUCGGCUUGGUGAGCUGUGCGAUGCCGAUACCAUUGAAAGGUGUGCUAGUAAGGACUCUCGCGGCAUUGGCCAGAUCACCGGAGAGUUCUUCCACCGUUUGGCAAAGCUUGGAGGCUGCUCAGUUUCUGUCCACUAUACCGACAACAAGCAGUUAUCAACCAAGAGGCGUACAAACAGAAUUAGAAGAGAUCGAAUCCCGGAAUGAGGAAUAUCCGUUAACGCGCGCUAUGUUAGAGCUAUUAGAUGUUCUUACCGAUUUCCCAAUACCACGUCUGUUGGGUGUAGGUCAACGAAAUCCAGGAUUCGAUCCAUAUUUACAUUUUAUUAUCAAUACUGUUUUCCUGAGAUUUCAUACUCGUUCGUACAAAAAUCCCGCUGAAAAAUGGGAGGUGGCGGAAGCCUGUUUGAAAAUAUUUUCGAAAUUAAUAAAACAGUACGAACCGAUCGCCGAAGAUUUCGUGGGCUGUAAAGUUGAGUUGCAAGGCGGUGAAUCUACUUCAAUCAAUUCGGCUCCAGGAUAUCAUAUAAUGACGCAAUUGCACACUAAUUCUGAACUAUUACACGUAAUAUUAUAUAUCAUGGACGAAGGUUGUCAUCACUUCGAUACCUACGACAGUUUUCCAGGCAAAAAAUAUCUCGAAAGUUGCAGCCUCUAUUGUUUGGAAAUAUUGGAGCGUGGCUUGAAGAUGCAGAAUAAUUAUAUGACACAGUUGUCUUCCAUACCGUCCGGGAACAAAAUUAUGACUGGAUUGUCGCGACUGUUGCUCGGUAUAAAUCCUCGUACCGGCAAACCGGAUCACAUGAUUAAUAUUGCUAAAUAUAUCCAGUACAAUUCGUGGCUACCGAAACAAGCCUUCGUAGCAGUUGGCGUUAUCCACGGCGUCACUAACGAGCCUGGAGCAGACUCGGAAUUAUUGUCGACGUUCACGGAAACUCCUACUUUAGCGACGAAUAUCAGACAUGGCUUUGUCGAGUGCCUAGACGCGGAUAAUAUUUCGGAGGAUGACGACGAACUAAGAGUGGACGAACAGAGUAUUAAUAGUAAAAUUCCGAUUGGAAAUUGCAAAGAAAGAAUUUUACUACUGAUGAUGCAUAGUAUCACGCGGCCUGCGCCCAAUCUUGCACAUUACUUACUUGGCUUUGAAAUAACUAAAGACAUUAGGAAAACCAUCAUCCAGCAACCAGGAAUCCUCGGAUUUCCACGUACUUGUCUGCACUCCAUCUUGGGCAUAUUGGAGCAAUCUCUCGAACGCGGACGCGACAAAAUAACUGAAGCCUGUUACUGCUAUCUCCAUACAUUAACGGCUAACAGCAAAACAUCAGCACCCGUUCUUAGAUUUUUACGUACUACGAGUAAUCAGGACUUCGUGCAGAGACAUCUUUCGAAAUUACCGUUUCAGGGCCCAAAUAGGUCUACUGAGCUCAGUUGCAUGUCUUGGCUAUUGAAAAUAGCGGCAAUCGAGUUGCGAGUCGCCGGUGGUAGUCUGCAGACUUCUUUACUUCAACGAUUGGUGGGGAGUUUUAAUCAAGACAAGGACCAAAUCGUACCUUCCCAAAAGCUUCUGAUGGAUCUUUUGCAUUAUAUUGAUUUUCAGUUGUAUUUGGAACCCACGAAGUCGUGGGAAUUCUUCGAUCCAUCACAAAUUGAAAUGGUAUUAGGUAAAUGCAGCACUCCUGUCGCAUUAAUGGGUGGCCCGUGGCUCAUUGAUAUCAGGAAACUGCAUUCUCUCAUCACCGAGGAAUUGACGGUUACACAGAGCAGUGCUACUGCCACUCAACGCAAACUCAUGCAGCAGGAAGUGAAGUCUAUACUCGCGCAUGCACUGAAGAAGAAUCAGACCAAGGUUCUAUCAUAUGCGACUGUUAAAUUCGUGGAGGGCUGGUGCCAAACUACGGAAAUACUUUUCUCUGUCGCGACAAAUCAACAGUUACCGGUAGCUCAACGACAAAAUCUUCUGCUGAAUUUGUCGCACGACCUGCUACAGAAGAUGACAUCCUGCGAAGCUUUGAGUGAAAUUAAGACAUUGGUGUCCGGCACAGUCUUAAUGUUACUGGUGAACUUGCGAAACAGCUUCAUGAUUCAAUCGGACAAUGAAUUAUUACCAUCGUCACCGUCAAAUACGACAAUGAUGAAAAUUAUUCUUAGCCAUAUUUUACAAUGGAUCAUAAAUGCCGGAGCAUCUUCGCAGAAAGUCGUGACGCAUCUUUACGCGGCCUUGUUAAACUUCCUGAGUAUCGUCGGCUUGGAGAAAUCCGAGCAUGUAGGCGCAAUCGACUCUAUGUACAUCAGCCAAUUGGACAAUUCGUUGAACAAGCUUAUGCCCGUGCAAGAACGUUCGCAUCGUUACGCAACGAUUCAAGUCAUUAACAGUUUUGGAAACCAGUUGAUGGAUAUUUUGUGUCACAAUUGCUCGGGUGGACAUGACGUAUGCAAGAUGCUCGCAUUGUCCUGCCUUGACAAAAUUUUAGAACUGGAUUACGAUAACGCAUGGAUGAUCUAUUUAGCGAGCAGAGGCUACUUGAAGCAUAUGAUAGAUAGUUUAUUGGAAUCGGAUAGUUUGUUGCGUUGCAUAUUACAACCAGAACCGCAAACAUUGCGUCCUUUGUACUUGUACGAGGCAAAAAUGGCGAUCUUCUGUAGGAUGGCGUCAACAAGAUUAGGCGCAGAGAGUCUGCGAAACAAAAUCUUGUCCUGCAUGUCCAGUAUGUGCAUGUUCGAUCAACAUCCCGAUGUACACAUAGGUUUCGAAGGCGGCGACUACUCAUUCAUACCGUCAGUCGGGCAACGCUAUCAGCAAAUCUUGCCAGCUUUAUAUCUCUGCGACGCUUUAUUCACCACGCUAGGAACAGAAAAUCAAUCGUGCGCCGUACAAGUCUGUGGAUUUCUACAAAGCCACAGAGACACUGUAGAAAUGGCUUUAAGAAACGCGUUCUCACACGCCAAUGUGCUCUUCUUGAAGGAAAUUGCGUGCCUCACCGGCGUAAUAUCCAGAUCCGCUAAUAUAGACAUGUACAAACUUGUGGAUGAAGAACUGGCGAAGAUAGACAUAGAUGAUUACAAAAUAGAAAGCAGUACUGGAAUGAGAGAAUUACGAGCGCAUCUGUAUCGGUUACAAAAACUAAUGCUGUCAUUAUUGCACAAAUUUCAAUUACAUUCGAUCCCGAUAAAUCAUAAUUACCAACAGGCUGAUGCGAAUCAGCAAUAUAUUUCGUGUAUACAGAUAGUCGCCAAUGUUAUGUUGUAUACACGUAAUCAAAUGCAACACAGUCGUAUGGAUCAGAAAAUACGAAAUGUACUAUUUGAUCCUCAUUUGACACCGAAGCCUGGAAGAAGACAAGAUAAAGUGAAAGAUGCUUCUGGUGAAAUAUGUUUAGGUACAAUCGUUGAACAAUUGGUUUCCGUGACAAAUCUACUACACACUGAAUUACCACAUAUCGACUCUCUAAUAAAGAAAGCGCAAAUGGUAACCGACAUGAGUACAGCGGAAUUAAAGAAGUACAUGUUUGAAAAUGAGGCGGAACUCGAUAUAGGAAAACAACGAAUGCUUGUCGAACAAAGAUUAAAUCGUUGGAUAAAAGAUAAACGACAAAGCAUAAAAUAUUGCUCUCUUAUAAUAGAGCAUGCUUUAUACAUUCUUUGGAGUCAUUUAGAUUUUUAUACUAUGCAAGUUAUAUCACGGCAAACUCAAAGAAUACAUGUAUCUUCAGGCGGCAUUGAUGAAAGUAUGAUCGAAUGGAAGGUUUCAUCAGAAACCUUAAUGGAACUAAAACAAGGACUGGUUUCUACAUUUAAUGACACAUUUAUUGCACAAUUGUUAGAUACGCAUAAUGAACAUACUACAGUAGAUCAUAGCUUCAUCGAAGCUCUAAUAAGACGGAUAAAAAGGUUGUUACAAUUUAUAAUUAUAAAAUAAUGAAAAAUUAACGUAUUUACAUAUAAUUUCAAUUUCAAUUGCAUAUUUUUAUUUCGUUUUGUAUGCUCUAUUUAUCAUUAAUCACCGUUUUGUUGUACCAAAUACGACUAUGUUUACUAUGCUAGAUAAAAAAAAUAUAACAAAGUACGGCGAAAUUAAAUUUAUUCGAAAUCCAUACAUACAGUCGAUUUUGAUAUAUUUAUAUUAAAAUCAAGUAAACAACUAUUUCUAACUG